AUGAAGCUCACGUUGGGGCUUGCCGCAGCUUUUGCGAGCUGUGUGGCAGCUUCGCAGCCCACUGCUGAUGUUUAUAUUCUGCCGAACGGCGAAUCCACGUCGCCGCCGUCUGUCUCCAGCAACGUCGCCCGACUGAUUGCAUUACAACGAUUUUCCUCCAGCCGAGACAUUUCCGUCAAUGAAAUUCCGGAAGACGCCGAUGUCGAAAACGUCGCCUCGUUAUUGAAUCAAUUUGGGAAGCCGAUCCCUUCGAUGUUUGAUGAGGACGCCGAUGAGCCCAACCAGCUGAUUAUUGCGGUAACGGGAUUGACAGAGGAGCAAAUUAGGGAUACAAGAAAGAAGCUGAACGUGCAGCCUGCAUUCACUAUCCCGGAUGCUUCUUCUAUUGACCCGCUGAAUGGGAUCGGAGGCUUCGACCCUGCUGAUUACCAAGGCGCGGCGAAAGGGCAGAAGUGCUCUUUUGACGAAAUUAUUAACCCACUUGAAGAGCGAUGCUGGACUGCAAGGGCUUUGUAUACCGAACUUGAUAUUCAAAAGCGACCACAAACCUUGGACGAUGUGAUUCAAAACUUCUCACGACUCGAUUCUCUUGCCAAGAUUGGCGAGAUGCAAACUACCUUGCUCCUACUCCCAGCUGUCAGUGGAAAAUCGGGCUCGAAGCCAGGAUCAGGCCAGCAACCGGAGCUCCGUCGCCGUCAGGCAGAGCGGGUGCUCAAUUCAUUUCACAAGGCAGCGCAUGCGGAACCGACUACGCCUGCACCCAACAAUAUCCUUAGAGCUCCCUCAAAAGCUGUUCCCGCUUGCUUCGAUUCUCUUGAUAGCUGCGUCACCGGCACUGGAAAUUGCUCGCACCAGGGACAAUGCCUAAACAAGUAUGGAUCUGCGGAUGCUGGUGGCAAGGCUUGUUUUUCAUGCCACUGCCUUAGCACCAGGGCAGGCGAAGACGGCGCCCUUACUCAUUGGGCAGGACCUACAUGCGCUAAGAAAGACAUCAGCGUUCCGUUUUGGUUAUUUGCAGGCUUCACUCUGCUUAUGCUGGGAAUAUUGUCACUUUCUGUCACAAUGCUUUAUAAUGUGGGCGACGAGAAGCUGCCAGGUGUCAUUGGAGCUGGAGUUUCCAAGUCGAAAUAA